UUUCCGAGCUUUUCAUUUCAUAAUUUUAGUUCGUCCAGCAACAUUCGUGUUGCUUAAGGUGAUGAUUUGUCUAGGUGUUACAUUACCUGUUUGCAGUAAAGUAUUUCAUUUUAGCACUUUACAUAUUCAUGUACAAUAUGGACUGACAGUGUGGUAUUAAAAUGGUUCAAGUGUUUGAAACACUUUCAGAAGAUUCACAGUCUUUCAAUGUUUUCUUAUUGCAAGAGAGCAUGCGAAAUGUUUUUCUCAACUAACGAAGCUAUAAAUGAAGUUAAGAAAACCUUCUGAAGUGCUUAGGUUAUUAUGUUGACUACAGCAAACUCAUGUCCGGCCAAAGUCAUAUUGAAGUGGUAAAACAUUUUCUUGAAGAUGGAAGAAGGCUAGCUCUAUAGAAUCAAUCUUAAUAAAGCUUUGGAUGAAUAUAGAAAUUCCAUGGUGCCUGUAAGGAAAGGAAACAAAUUUUUUCUCCAGAACAGACUCACAUAAUACUAUUCCUUAUUUAUGAUAACUACUUCAUUUAUUGAGAUCCAUUAUUUGCAUCAUUAAUAAUAGAUGUGACAAUAUACGUGGGAUUAAGGAAAAACAAAAUGUAAAAUAUGUUGUACCAAUGAACUUCAUAACAAUUUUUUAAAAACUAUCUUAAUAGGCACAUUACCUUAUGAUUUAGUGAUAUGUGUCAUAAUGAAAAAUAUUUUUAUUCUUCUCUUCUUAUACGUUUCAAUUUCAUUUUCAAAAGAAAUUAAAAUUAAAAUUAAUCCACGUAUUAUUAAUACAAGGUAUGGUAAAGUUCAAGGAUUAAUUCAAUCGUUUGAGUACAAUAAAUUUCUGAAACCCAUCGAUGUGUAUCUUGGAAUGCCAUAUGCUACACCGCCUACUGGUAAUAAUCGAUUUUCACCAACUAGAGCACCUAGUCCUUGGGAUGGAAUUAGAUUAUUUGAUUCAGUAGGACCUGUGUGUCCUCAGAAUUAUCCAGAUAUUUCUAAUGAACCAGAAAUUUUAACACAAAUGCCAAGAGGAAGGAUAGAGUAUUUAAAAAGACUUUUACCCUACUUACAGAAUCAAAGUGAAGAUUGUCUUUAUCUAAACAUAUACGCUCCUACAAUGGGUACAAUUGAUAGUGGUAAAAGAUUUCCAGUAGUAUUAUAUAUUCAUGGAGAAAGUUAUGAAUGGGGUAGUGGCAGCCUAUACGAUGGUAGCGUUUUGGCAAGUUAUAUGGAUCAAGUGAUUGUGACAAUCAAUUAUCGAUUAGGAGUUCUAGGCUUUUUGAAUACUAAUGUUUCUCCACAAACACGAGCUAGAGUAGCUAACUACGGUCUAAUGGAUCAAAUUGCAGCCCUUCAUUGGAUUCAGCAGAAUAUAUUUUUAUUUGGCGGUGACCCAGGUAAUGUUACAUUAAUGGGACAAGGAACUGGUGCAGCCUGUGUUAACUUUCUCGCCAUCAGUCCUACAGUUAUGAAUGGACUUUUUAAAAGAGCUAUACUUUUGUCUGGAAGUGCUCUAUCAUCUUGGUCAUUAGUAGAAGAUCCUGUGACCUAUGCUGUAAAGUUAGCAACGUCCAUUAACUGCUCAAUUCCAGAUGAUCUGUUAAAAGAUAAUGAACUUAUAGUAGAUUGUCUUAGAGAAAAAAAUCUCCAAGAAUUACUUAAUGUACAAGUAGAAGCACCAACAUUUUUAAGUGCCUUUGGACCAAGCGUUGAUGGAGUUGUAAUUAAAACAGACUUUCAGAAAGACCUAUUAUCUUACUUGGAUACAGAAUUCCAAACAUUUGGUCAAUUUCACAAAAAGUCUGAACAUGGAACCCCAAUUACGAGUAAUAACAAAUAUGAUUUGCUCUUUGGCGUUACGACAAAUGAAGCACUUUGGAAAUUUGCUGAUAAAGACAUUCAACAAGGAUUUGAAGGAGACAGAAGGGAUCGAAUUAUUAGAACUUACGUGAGGAAUUCCUAUUCUUAUCAUCUGACUGAAAUUUUUUAUACGAUUGUUAAUGAGUAUACUGACUGGGAAAGAACUGUGCAGCAUCCUGUGAAUAUUAGAGAUUCCUGUGUGCAAGCUCUUAGUGACGCUCAAUAUGUAGCACCAUUGGUACAAAUGGGAGAUUUAUUUACGUUGAGGCAUACGAAAAAAAUGAAUUCGCCACACUCACUGCAAGUACAUGAAACUGAUAAGGAACCAGUUCCAAAAACUUACUUCUACGUUUUUGACUAUCAAACUAAAGAUGGUGAUUAUCCACAGAGAAUGGGUGCAGUGCAUGGAGAAGAACUUUCAUUUGUUUUCGGUGCUCCUUUAGUAGAAGGAAUAGGAUAUUUUCUUAAAAAUUAUACGAGAGCUGAAGUUUCAUUAUCAGAAAGCAUUAUUCAAUUUUUCGCUAAUUUCAUUCGUACAGGAAAUCCAAAUGCUGCAGAAAAUUAUGUGAAAAAUGAUGCAGUCUUGCCUAUUAGUAGAGAACGUAGCAGAUUUCGAAACAUAAACUGGGAACAGUAUGAUCCAGUCCAUCAAAAAUAUUUGGAAAUUGGAAUGAAACCGAGAGUUAAAAAUCAUUAUCGUGCACAUCAAUUAUCUGUCUGGUUGCGGUUAAUACCAGAACUACACCGUGCCGGAAUGGAAGAUGUUGAGCCAAGACACAAUUUAUUUAAAGGAUAUUCAGACCAAAAUAUGUAUGAUGGCUUAGUGCGGCCCGAUCCUUUACACAGACUGGAUGAUGAAUUCUCAAAGAGAAACUUAACAACUGAUGUAUCGACUACAAUCGACUUGAGUAUUACAACUUGUGUUGGUCUGAUACAAAGUACGAAACUUCAAAAUAUUAAUAACUCUACUACAGAUACACUUGCCAGUUUGGAUGCUGCUGGAUAUGCUGCAUAUUCUACAGCACUAAGUGUAACAAUAGCAAUAGGUUGCAGUUUACUUAUUCUUAAUGUACUAAUAUUUGCUGGUGUGUAUUAUCAAAGGGAUAAAACUAGAAUGGAAGUGAAAAAUUUACAAAAAAAGCGAAUUUUGAAUCAAGCUUGCGGACCUAGGACAUUCAACGAGUUAAAGCAGAUACCCCAUUCACACUUUAUUGAUAAUAAUCCUAUUAUUGUGGAUGUUGAAAAUGAAAUACUUAGAAGGAAAACUUUUACUGCCGUUGAGCCAGGAUCGUAACACUUAAUUAAUAUUAAUUAAAAGAUAGACUGAUGUGGAACCUAAUUAAUGUAUCAUAAAAGGGUAAACAACAAAUUUUGCACGUCAACACGAAAGUGAGAAGGAAUUACCUUCGAUAAACUUGAACCAAAAUUCAACAUGUAAAGUGGUUACCUAAAGACUGGAGAAUUUAGCGAGCUGCUUUCUGAUUAAGAUGUGACUGACUCCUGAGAAAUGGGCCACUAUUAGUCCAUGUCUUGAAAAUUUUGAUUCUUUUCAUUUGUGAAUCGUAAAAAUGGUGACAUUAAUUGAUGAAAUACUUUUGUAAUAAAUAGUGCGCGCAGAUUAAUAUCUGAAACACUUGCGAAUGAUUCUAAUAUUACGUAUUUAGAAAUCAAAAUGAAUGAAAAUCAUUGAUGAAUAAUUUAAGACUUAUUUUCAACAGCUGUACGGAUCACUAACUUACUGUAUAGUAUUAAAAGUCGACGCUAAAAUUUCUUUGUUAAAUAAGCACUCCGUUAAUAUAUAUCUUCAGUAUAGUGAAUAGCAUUUAUUACACGAUUACAAAAAAUUCCAGUCUUAGUAAAAUAAAAACUAAAAUAAUUCUAAAUUUAAUAGAAAAGACAUUAAAGAGAUUUUUGGUGACCGUGAGAUAAACUAUUUACUAAGUUGUGAAAAUAUAAUAUAUGUUACAUUUUAGUAUAAAAAAUUAUGCCACUGAUUUUCUCGCAAUAGAUCAAUUAUAAAUCGCAGCCUUUUAAUUUGAAACUUCCAACAUAGAGACGAUGAAGAAUAAUUACAAUUAAUAAAAGACUAUGCAUAAUUGUAAAUUGUAUGUAGCCUUUUUUAAAUAAUGAAGUGAAUGUCGCAACUAAAACCCAUCUUUUGUGAACAUAAAUUAGGAAUAUGAUUUUUAAUUAUUCUAAGUCAAUCAUCACACGCAUGAUAGUGCUAUUAAAAUUGUUUAGGAUUAAUUAUGUUUUACAAAAAUCGCUCAAAUUUUUACUUACAGAAAAUAAUAAGGUUGCUAUUAAGGACUGAAAAUUAUGUUACAUUAAGUAAUUUUGUUUUGAUUAAACAAUUCUUUUCUUUGUAAGGGAUACGUUUUCAAAUAAAACAUAU